AUGGAAAAAGAAAAACCGUUUAAACUGGUCGUGCCGCCGCGGCUGAGCGGCGGUCAGGUAUCUGCAGUUAAACCCCAGACGAGUGCUCGGGCAACAGGGCCACAUCAGGGUUUUAACAAAUGCCCAGAUGAUGAUUUUAAUUUGCCAUUUGUAAUGAGUACACUGAACCGUGGUGAAAUCACUGAUUCAGAUGUGAUUUCACAGCAAGUAAAACUGUGCUCUGAGGUAGAUGAAGAGAAUAUAGAAACAAUGAAUGAGUUGUAUUCAAAACUCUACAAAGAGGCUGAGAAGAUCAAGCGGUGGAAACUAACUGUAGAAUCAGAACUAAAGCAGAAAGAACGAAAACUGCAAGAAAAUAGAAAGAUGACUGAAGCACAGCGUAAAGCCAUUCAAGAAUUGCAGUUUGAAAAUGAAAAGCUAAGUUUAAAACUGGAAGAUGAGAUAUGUGAAAAUAGAGAUCUCUUAAAAGAAAUCACGGCUUCAAGGCAUCUGUGUAAUCUGCUCAAGGAAACUUGUGCUCACUUCACAGAGAAGUCCACCAAAUAUGAACAUGAAAGAGAUGAAACAAAAGAACUCUAUGUGGAACUUCAUAACAAUGUUGAAAGAAUGAUAAUGGCAUUUGAAGAGCUUCGUGUGCAAGCAGAGAAUGCCAGAGUAGAAAUGUGUUUCAAAUUAAAAGAAGAAGCAGAAAAAGUGGACAAGUUUGAAAAAGAAUGCAAACUGGAAGUCAGUAUGAAGGAAAAGCAGAUUUCAGUUCUUAGCAUACAGAGUGGUGAAAAAGAUGACGUAAUAAGAGACAUCAAGAUUCGUCUGCAGGAAUCAAAAGCUAAGAUUGAUGAAUUAGUUGAAGAAAAAAGACAUGAAGGAGAAAUGUUAAAGGAGUGUCAGAUCAGUCAAGAACAUUUGAGGGCAGAACUGGAAGAGGCCAAAGUUUCAUUGCAAAAACAAGAGGUUACUCAAAAGAGCUUAGAAACUGAAUUACAGACUGCAAUGCACGCAUUAAUUCAGGUCACUGGAGAAAAGGAAGCGCUGAUGGAAGAAUGUGAAAAAACUAAGGCUUUGCAUGCAUCCAUGACAGAGGAGUUUGAGGCUUCUAUUUCCAGUCUGAAAAGCUUGCUGCAAAAAGAGCAAAAUAGAUCAGAGAAAUAUGUAGAUGAAUCAAAGCUACUUAACUUGGAGCUCAGAAAUAAGUCUGCUGAACUGGAAGAGAUGACUAAACUAAAGUGUGACAAAGAAAGGCAACUCGAAGAGCUGUCAGAAACACUGGUAAAUUGUUGUCAGUUUGUUUCUGAUAGCUUUCAUGACUUGUAGCUUACAUAUGCAUACUCAAAAUACUUUCUCUUUCUUCUGCAGAAAGAAGUCUAUGAUUUGAAAGUACUACUGGCUAGUACAGCUGAAAAGGAACAAAAUUAUUUAGAACAGCUUACAACACUGAAUACAGAUCUUGAACAAGAGACGCUAAAGAAUGAACAACUAACAGUUCAUAUCAACAAGCUUUUAUUAGAAAAGGAACAAAUAACACAUGAGAAAUGUGAUAUGGCUGCAGAACUCAAGAAACUGCAAGAAAGUCAUGAGGAUAGUAGAAAAAAAGAAGAAAAGACAAAGCAGUUAGUUGAAAACCUGGAAGAAGCAAAUAGCCAGUUAAGAUAUGAACUGGAAUCUUUGAAGGAGAAGAUGGCAUUGAAAGGUGAAGAGAUUAGAAGUAAACUGGAUGAAAGAGAAGAAAAUGCUAAGAGUAUUGAAAAUGAAAUUUCAAGAAAGGAAAAGCAGUUGAAGAUUCUAGAAAAUAAAUUGAAGAAUUUAAAGAAACAGGUGGAGAGUAAAACCAAAUGCAUCGAAGAGUUGCAACAGGAGAAUAAGGUGCUGAAAAAGAAAAUUGCUGCAGAAAGCAAGAAAAUAAGUAUUUAUGAAGGGAAGGUGAAUAAAUUACAGUUAGAGAUGGAAAAUAUGAAGAAGCAACAUAAGGAAACAGUUGACAUCUAUCAAAAAGACAUUGAAACAAAAAAUGUAAAUGAAAAUAAGCUUCUUGAAGAGGUAGAAAAGAUGAGGUUGCUUGCUGAUGAAGCAACAAUAAAACAGAGAGAAACUGAUGUCCGAUGUCAACACAAGAUAACUGAAAUGGUGGCACUUAUGGAAAAACACAAGCAUGAAUAUGAUAAAAUGGUUGAAGAAAAAGAUAGAGAGUUAAAACUUUAUGAAAUAAAAGAGCAAGAGCAGUUAUCAUCAAAAAGAUCAUUGGAAAGUGAGCUGUCAAGUUUGAAAAGCGAACUGUUAUCACUUAAGGAACAACUUAAAGCAGAAUUUGAAGAGAAGGAGAAGCUUGCAAAACAACUCUCCCAAAAUAUGGUUGCUGAAAAGGAAAAGAAGCACAAGAGAAUACAAACUCAGUUUCUUGAGACUCCUAAACUUUAUUUAGAUCUGGACUGUGAAUCUACUAAUGUAAAAACCAAAAAGCCUCCAAAUGAUGUGCCUACAGAAGUCAACAUGAUGGAAAAGAAAAAAGUGCCUCCUUCAGUAUCUGCAAAAAGUCACUUGGGUAGUCCAUCUGUAAAGACAUAUAUUAUAAAGACUCCUCCAAUAAAUAAACUGCAAAGCGAAAGCACAAAUCUGCAUUCAGAACAGUGCAUGAGGAAAAAGCAAAAAGUGCUUCUACAGCUGGAUGCUCAGUCAGAUAGCUCUGAACACACUGACCUCCUGAGCAUAGUCUCGGAAGAAGAAAUGUUUCAAAAAUUGCACAAAGAUUAUCCUCAAGUUUCACAAUUAUAUGCCAUGACUUCAAAAAAGAAACCAACUACACCCAACAUAAAAACUCCAGGCUCUGUACUGAAACUUAAAACCAUGAGAAAAAUGCAUGAGGCUGGAUGGACUGCGGUUUCUAAAAUGGACAGGAAAAGAAAAAUAAAAGAAGUGGAAAAGCUCUUUACUUAA